AUGGGAAAUUGCCUCAGGAAGAAAACUCAGGACCUCAACUAUCCGCAGCCUAAACCAGCUCAUCCACCAACUGGAGUUGAUGCCAUCCAUAUUUCUGGUGCCAAGAAGAUCUCUACAUCAUCAGUUCAACAACGGACUUCGUCUGGUUAUGCAAUUUCUAAUCUGUCAUUGCGUCUUUCUUCUUCUUUAGAGCUGUUUUUAACCAUGAACGAUCCGUUCAUAUUGUUUUUCAUUCCUGAUGCAGCAAAACCUAGUAAAGAUGAACAAUGUGGUGCAACACUCCAAGAUAGAAGCAGGCAUGUUUCUUCAUAUUCAUGUAAAGUGCAAAGGAGGAAUAAAAAGCAGGGUUUUCCAACAAAUCCGAGAGACUGGCCAGUUUCAAAGGUGAAAAAGGUCGGAUGGGUUCCUGCCCGAAACAUCAACAGCUUUUGUUACAGUGUCUUGAGGGCUGCCACCCAGAAAUUCAGUGAGGAGAAUUUAAUUGGAGAAGGUGGUUUUGGAGGUGUGUAUUUAGGGUACAUAAAUAUAAGCAGCAUGGAUGCAGCAAAGCCAAACACUGGCAGGGCAGUUGCUAUCAAGAAGCUUGGAAGAAGAGGGGUGCAGGGCGAUGAACAAUGGAAGAAUGAACUGAGAUUUUUGAGCACAUUCAAUCAUCCAAACGUCGUGACGCUCGUGGGGUAUUGCUACAAGAGAGAUAACAGACUUUUGGUUUAUGAGUACAUGUGCAAGGGAAGCUUGGAUGCCCAUCUCUCAAGCGAAAAUGAUACAGAGCUAAACUGGAGUAGAAGAAUCAAGAUAGCUGUUGGAGCAGCAAGGGCAGUAGAUUACCUUCACACUCGUGCCAAACCAGUCAUUCACCGUGACCUCAAAGCUUCCAAUAUCCUUCUUGAUGCUGAUUUCAAUCCCAAACUGUCAGAUUUUGGACUGGCUAGGUUCGGACCCCUCGACGACCAAUCAUACGUUAGCACAAGGAUCCUUGGCACGAGAGGAUACUUCGCCCCUGAAUACUUUAAAACAGGGCAUUUGACGGUAAAAACUGACGUAUACAGUUUUGGGGUUGUGCUUCUGGAAAUACUGUCUGGCUGUGUUGCAGUCAAGAAAUAUGCUGACGGCACUACCAGGGAUCUGCCUGUGUGGGCUAAACCACAUCUAAGCAACCAAAUGGAACUGCGUAACAUCAUCGACAAGAGAAUAGCAAGGAACAUCGAGAUGGACGAAGCUCAUAAAUUUGCCACAAUCAGCCGGCAAUGCCUUAGCUCAGACCCCAAGGACCGACCCACAAUGUCAGAAGUACUUGCAGAUUUAGAACAAUUGCAGCGAAACAUGUUGUUAAGCAAUUUGAACUCAAUUGGAUUAUCCAAGUACCAUAGAUGUAGACGGGCACUCAUCUUUUAACAAAGUUACCAAGUUGUUAAGCAGAUGCCUUAUGUAAUUUUCCUUUUCGGUCAAAUUGCUGAGCUACCAAAGCCAUCCUUAAAAACUUCAUUUCUUAAUCUGGAUA